GCUUUGGAGUUAAGUGCGCCUUCAACCUUACACUGAACAAGCAACUGAGGCUGUUGUCCUUCUUUCUGAGCGCCAAGAGGAAUCCCAGCAAAAGACGUCUUUUAUCAAAAUGAACUUGUCAUAUUUAGUUGCAUGUGGACUUCUGGUCACCUUCCUUUCAGAUAAGAUGGAUGCACAACCUUUAACUCCAGCGCAGCAGAAGUCUCUUAGAAGUUUGCUUGGUGAGGAGCUGGCAGAGUUUCUGGAGUCUGGAGAGAACGAAAACCGACUGGACGACGUGCGCUCCCGGAUGCGGUUACUGCGAGAUUUACGCGUGGAUACCCGAGCCAGAGGGAUGUGGGCUCGUCUCCUUAACGACCAACCUGCCUCCAGAAGACACAAAUCGGGAAGCAAAAAAGGGGGCUCCACAUCGCGGAGCGGCUGCUUCGGACACAAGAUGGACCGGAUAGGGACCAUCAGUGGAAUGGGCUGCUAGGGUUGGAGCAACGCUGUGAAGAUCUCUGGACGAUGGGUAUGGAGAACAAAAAUGGAGUUUGUUCUCACCUGAGGAUAAAGGGGGAAAAGGUAUAUUUGGUACGAAAGCAAGCCUGACCAGCAUAAACAAAGACUGGGAUCAAACAAAGUCUUCAUAUCCGUUUAUACAUAUAUACCACAAAUAUGACAUACACAUGUAUAUAUAGACAUACAUGUUUGCCGCCCAAAAUGUUCAACAGAUACGAACACAGAGAAGUCAUACAACAUUGUGAACAAUGCUGUAACAACUACAAGGCUGUAUAUUAUUGCUGCUGCUGUACAUUCAAGUACUUCAUCUCCCCCUGCAUAAAUGUAUUUAUGUUUAAAUAAUAUUUAUAUGUUUAUAAAAAAUAUAUUUAUAAAUGUGUUUUAAUUUAUGUAACAAUUGUAAAAUUGAUGCAAACUGCAGGCCAAUUCUGUUUGUUACAUUUUCUGUCUCAAAUAGUUGUGAAUGUUUCAGAAAAUGAUAAAACCAUAAAUUCACAUGCACUCU